AGAUUGCACAGCGGAGAAGCUUCCCCAAGAGGAGGCUCCAGCCAAGAAGCUCCGUCUGACCAAACCAACUCCGUGGAGGCAGAGAGUGUGGAAGGGGUGGUACGCAUACUGCUGGAACACUACUACAAGCACCUGUCAGACACAUAUUUCAGCGUGAGGAAUAAAUGCCUGCAACUCCUGAGUUGCCUGGGCGAUGUGGACACGCCCCUAAAUAAAGACGGACAGGUAUUGGUUCCAGCUAUGAUUGGGGGCGGUGCUUCAGGGGUGUCUGGCGGAGUGUGUGUGAGAGAUGCACAGAGCGUCAUCAGUGACUACUUUUCCAACCAGGACCCAAGGGUGCGCACAGCGGCCAUCAAAGCCAUGCAAGUCCGCCUGGUCGACGACUCGUUUGGGAAGAUCAGUCACGUGGUCUCUGAUGGAUCCUGGGUAGUCAGGGUGCAGGCCGCCAAAACACUGAGUAACAUGUUGCAAGUCAGUCCUCAAUUCCUUGAGCAGACUCUGGACAAGAAACUGAUGUCAGACCUCAGGAGGAAAUGUACUGCUCAUGAGCGGGCCAAGGAGCUCUAUGCGUCUGGUGAGUUCUCCUCGGGGAGGAAAUGGGCUGAUGAUGCUCCCAAGGAGAAGGUGGACACCUCCGCUGUCAACCUGAUCGCCUCCGGGGCCUGCGGAGCCUUUGUACACGGACUGGAGGACGAAAUGUACGAGGUGCGUAUUGCUGCUGUGGAUGCCUUCUCUGCUCUCGCCCAAUCAUCUGCCAGCUUUGCUGAGAUGUGCCUGGACUUCCUGGUUGACAUGUUUAACGAUGAGAUUGAGGCGGUCAGGCUGCAGUCCAUCCACAUCCUCAGACAGAUCUCUAUUAACACCCUUAGAGAAGACCAGCUCGAUACUGUACUAGCUGUACUAGAGGACUCGUCUCGUGACAUCAGAGAGGCGCUACAUGAGUUGCUGUGUUUCACCAAUGUGUCGACUAAAGAGUGUAUACAACUGGCUCUGCUGGAGCUGCUGAAAAAUCUCACCAAGUACCCCACUGACCGCAACUCUGUCUGGAAGUGUCUAAAGUUUCUAGGUUGUCGUCAUCCUACCCUGGUAUUACCGCUGGUUCCAGAGCUGCUCAGUACUCACCCUUACUUCCACACCCCUGAACCAGACAUGGACGGCCCUGCCUAUAUUGCAGUGUUGGUGCUGGUGUUCAACGCAGCUCAGUCUUGUCCCACCAUGACAGCUCUGUUCUCAGACCACACCUUUAGACAUUACACCUACCUACGGGACAGCCUCUCUCACCUAGUACCUCCUCUCAGGUUACCAGGGAGGAAGCAGGCCCCAGGUGGGAGUGGUAUAGAAGGUUCCAGGAGUGUGGAGUCUGCUCAGCUGUUCCUCCAACAGAGUCUGAGCAGAGUUAGCACCAUACAAAACCUACAGGACCCCGGGGCUCAGGACCUGCUAAACUUUACUAUCAGAGAUCUACAGAGACUGGGGGAGCUACAGACAGAGCUGGCAGGGGCUGCUGACUUUUUGCCACCUACCUCCGCUGCCAACUACUGCUCACCAAGGUGUCUCUCUGGAUGCUGAAGGAGACGUAUAAACUGGUGUUCCUUAUAUAAUGGUCUGGAGAACAGACAGGUGGCCACCAUACACCAUGUCAGACUACAGGCUAAGGCCUUACAGCGAGUUCUGACUGCCCGUACUAGGCGAGGAGUUGAACCUCUCAUCAAUGUCUGUGAGAAGUUCCUUCAGGAGGUGGAAUCCUUUCAGAGGCUGUUUGUGGUGGAGCUGCCCCACCUCCAGGAAUGUUUUGUGGGGAAGCUGUUGGGUGUCCAGCGUGCAUCAGCGACCAUCAUUUGAGCCGACAGGAGAGUCUGACAACCCGCUGUGUUUCACCUCUGGCCUGGUGGUGGCGCUAGACAUCGACGCUACACUGGAGCACGUACAAGACCCCCACAACACAAAG